CGCGCCCUGCAUGCCACGCUCUGGGCAGCUUGUCGACGCCAGCGUGUGAGUCUUCGGUGCCACGGCCCCAGCACCGGUGCCGGCAGCGUGACGCCACAAGAGCCUGUGUUUCCUUGCCUCACGCUCCUUCCACACAUUCUCUGCCAGCUCUGGUCGGCAAGCUACCCCGCCAUCCGCCGUCGCCCUCCCCCGCCGUCGUGCCCUCGCCACAACCUCGCGAGAAAGACCAUCUGCACUCCCACCCAAUUGACGCACCACCCGCCAUGACGGACCCCCCCGAGACGCCGCGCCGCCAGCCCGUCGUCUGCGUCUUCUGCGGCGCCUCGUCGGGUACCUCGCCGGUGCACCUCGAGGCCGCCCGCGCCCUCGCCCACGCGCUGCAUGCCUCCAACAGCAAGCUCGUCUACGGCGGCGGCACCGUCGGGCUCAUGGGCGAAGUGGCGCGCACGCUCGUCGCGCUCGCGGGGCCCUCCUCGGUGCACGGCAUCAUCCCCGCGCCCCUCGUCAAGUACGAGCAGAACCACGACCCCGCGGACCCGCUCUCCCACAAGAUCGACGAGUCCAUCUACGGCAAGACCACCGUCGUCAAGGACAUGCACACCCGCAAGCAGAUGAUGGCGCAGGAAGUCAUUGCGGGCGGGCCGGGUGGCGGGUUCGUCGCGCUGAGCGGCGGGUACGGGACGCUCGAGGAGCUGAUGGAGGUGACGACGUGGAAUCAGCUUGGCAUCCACGAUAUGCCCGUCGUCGUGUACAAUGUCGAUGGGUACUGGACGGGGCUGCUGGAGUGGGUGAAGAAGGGUGUGACGAGUGGUUUUAUCGGCCCGGGGAAUGCGGGCAUUUUGGUUGAGGCGCUGAGUGCCCAUGACGUCUUGACUUGCCUGAAGGACUAUACGAAUGCCGAGGGGAGAUUCAACUUGACCUGGGACUCGCAAUAAGAGGGGAGGGAGUGUCGAGAACGUACUCGUCACUGUAUCGUCUGGUCGCGAGGGUUCGUGGACGCAGACGACUGACACCAGUCGUCGUGUUUGGAGAAUAGGCUGCGAGAACAUGACACGCUGCUAGUUAGCACAGGGUCCAGGCGUCUACAGACAAGGAAUCAUUACAUGGGAAAUGCAAUAGACCUAGACGGACAUCGCAAAUAAAUCAAAUCGACACAAUCAUCAUAACGCG